GCCUCCGGUCGGUUUCGCUGGCUGCGCACCUGGUGCUGGCCCCUGCUCUGGGAGGACAACCUGCUGAGGCCUGGCCAGGAUGGAUGGAGGAUGGCAGUGUUCACAAUGGGCCUGGUCCUUGCUGGCCAUGGCGGUGGUGGCUGGGGGUGCAGCAUCCACAGAGCUCUCGGUCUCUCCCCAGGAGAACAGCCCCACAUCCAACAGCCUGGAGGGUGGCGCUGACGCCACCGCCUACUGGUGGGGGGAGUGGACCAAGUGGACCGCGUGCUCCCGCAGCUGCGGAGGUGGGGUGACGUCCCAGGAGCGGCACUGUCUGCAGCAGAGGAGGAAGUCCGCCCUGGGUGCCGGCAACAGGACCUGCACUGGCACAGCCAAGCGCCACCAGCUCUGCAGCCUGGAGGAGUGCCCGCCGGACGGGAGGAGCUUCCGCGAGGAGCAGUGCGUCUCCUUCAACUCCCGCGUGUUCGACGGGCGGACCUACCGGUGGAAGCCCCUGUACCCUGAUGACUAUGUGCACAUCUCCAGCAAGCCCUGCGACCUGCACUGCACCACGGUGGACGGCCAGCGGCAGCUCAUGGUGUCUGCCCGCGAUGGCACAUCCUGCAAGCUCACUGACCUGCGAGGGGUUUGCGUGUCUGGAAAAUGUGAGCCCAUCGGCUGUGACGGGGUGCUGUUCUCUACCCACACGCUGGACAAGUGCGGCAUCUGCCAGGGCAAUGGGAGCAGCUGCACCCACGUGACUGGAAACUACCGCAAGGGCAACGCGCCUCUCGGUUACUCCCUGGUGACUCACAUCCCGGCCGGUGCCCGGGACAUCCAGAUCGUGGAGAGGAAGAAGUCUGCAGACAUGCUAGCUUUGGCAGAUGAAGCUGGCUUCUACUUCUUCAACGGCAACUACAAAGUGGACAGCCCCAAGAACUUCAACAUUGCCGGCACCGUGGUCAAGUACCGGCGGCCCAUGGACAUCUACGAGACGGGCAUCGAGUACAUCGUGGCUCAGGGGCCCACCAACCAGGGCCUGAAUGUCAUGGUGUGGAACCAGAACGGCAAGAGCCCUUCCAUCACCUUUGAGUACACCCUGCUACAGCCUCCACCCGCUAUCCACCGCCCGCCCGUCUACUACAGCUUCUCUGAGCCUGCCUCGGCCUCCGCCAGUGUGGAAAGCCAGGAGCUGGCCGGCACCAGGCUCCUGGGCUUCCUGCAGCGAAACGUCUCGCUCCACAGCCCCGGCUCCUCCGAGCAGCUGGGCCUGGACAACCAGCUGUUCGGCCCCCGGGGCCCUGAUGUGGAGCUGGGCCUCCGUCAGGGCCAGGAGACCAACGAGGUGUGCGAGCCUCCCAGCAGCGGGGCCUGCCAGGGGCCCCCCAGGGGCAAGGGCUUCCGAGACCACAACGCCACUGGGACGGCACUUUCGGGGGACAAGGAUAACCAGGAGGUGGGUGCUCAUCUCCCUGCCCAGGAUCCCCUCUCAGCCAAUGCCAUCUCGGACCAGCUCCUGGGCACAGGCUCAGACUCCAAAGAGCUUGCCCUCAACGAGACGGGAAACAGCAUCUUCGCGCAGGGCGCCCCCAGGAGCCCUGCAACUGAGAGCUUCUACUCGGACUAUGAGGAAGGCGAGGGGGCUGCUUACCUGGUCAAUGGGUCCUACCUGGAGCUGAGCAGUGACAGGGUCGCCAAUGCUUCCUCCGAGGCCGCCUUCCCCAACACCAGCGCCAGCCUCCCCACCUUGGCCGGGAACAGGACCCACAAGGCCAGGACCCGGCCCAAGGCGCGCAAGCCAGGCGUGAGUCCAGCCGACAUGUACCGGUGGAAGCUGUCAUCCCACGAGCCUUGCAGCGCCACCUGCACCACAGGGGUGAUGUCGACCUACGCCAUGUGCGUCCGCUACGACGGAGUCGAGGUGGACGACAGCUACUGUGACGCCCUGACCCGGCCCGAGCCUGUGCACGAGUUCUGCGCUGGGAGGGAGUGCCAGCCCAGGUGGGAGACCAGCAGCUGGAGUGAGUGCUCGCGCACCUGUGGCGAGGGCUACCAGUCCCGCAUCGUGCGCUGCUGGAAGAUGUUGUCCCCCGGCUUCGACAGCUCCGUGUACAGUGACCUGUGCGAGGCCGCCGAGGCCGUGCGGCCUGAGGAGCGCAAGACGUGCCGCAACCCGGCCUGCGGGCCGCAGUGGGAGAUGAAAUGUUAUUUAAAAAGUGGUUACCACAGCAACCGCUUCCCCAUGCUGCCCUGGGAGCCACUGCUCUCCCCCGGGGGACAAUUUGGGUGGGGGCUCAAGGUGAGAGGCGCCUCCCCUCAAGCCCCCGAUGGCCUCCUGCAGUGCAGCGGGAGCUGCGGGCAGGGCCGCACCAUCAGGCACGUGUACUGCAAGACCAGCGAUGGCCGGGUGGUGCCUGAGUCCCAGUGCCAAGUGGAGACCAAGCCCCUGGCCAUCCACCCCUGCGGAGACAGGAACUGCCCGGCACACUGGCUGGCCCAGGACUGGGAGCGGUGCAACACCACAUGCGGGCGAGGUGUGAAGAAGCGGCUGGUCCUCUGCAUGGAGCUGGCCAAUGGGAAGCCACAGACGCGAAGCGGCCCCGAGUGUGGGCUGGCCCAGAAGCCGCCGGUGGAGAGCACCUGCUUCGAGAGGCCCUGCUUCAGGUGGUACACCAGCCCCUGGUCAGAGUGCACCAAGACCUGUGGGGUGGGCGUGAGGAUGCGGGACGUGAGAUGCUAUCAGGGCACUGACAUUGUCCGCGGCUGUGAUCCACUGGUGAAGCCGGUUGGCAGACAGGCCUGUGACCUGCAACCGUGCCCCACGGAGCCCCCAGAUGACAGCUGCCAGGACCAGCCAGGCACCAACUGUGCCCUGGCCAUCAAGGUGAACCUCUGUGGCCACUGGUACUACAGCAAGGCCUGCUGCCGCUCCUGCCGGCCCCCCACCCCCAGCCGGGCCGCUGCAGCUCCCUGAGACCCGCGCACCCCGUCCCUGGGUUGCUGCUGCUCUGGGGACCUCUACCCGAACACCGUCCUGCGGGCCCCAGGCUGGGAAGACCUGACACUGAGCCUCAACCCACACGAGGGACUCCAGGCCCCCAGUGCCUGCCUGGAUGCUGUCCACAGAUCCACGGGACCCCGGGGCUGAACCUGAGGCCCCACCCAGUGUGGGGGACAUGUCUGUGGUCUAGGGCCUUCUCAAGGUGACUUGCAGGUGACCAGGAAAGGGAAUGGCCUCCCUCCCUGGGGUGACUUGGGUUUGCGGGAGGCACAGGGCACUGGGAGGCCUAGAGGGCCCUGGGUCCUGAGGUGUGCACACGUCCUCUUUCCAGAGGGUUAAUCUCAGGGCUCCGCCAGCUGUGUAGGAGCUCGUGUGUUGGAGGGAUGGUGCACUUUACACCCAGGGCAGACCCUCUUUUGUAUAGUGUAUUUGUUCAUGGACAGCAGGGUACCCUGUAACCCGUCAGUACUCAUGGGUUGAUGUUAAUAAAGUGGUCGUAUUUAUGGUGGCCUUUGGGGGUGUUGGGGAGCCUCGGGGGGCUCCACAAGGGCACAGGGAGGGGGCAAGGGCAGUGGGACCCCGCACUGAGCUGGCACUGGCUGGAGCCACGGGCCCAUUGUCCACUGGUGUGGGGCCCAGGACAGUUGGGGGGCUUUGAGGUGACCGGGCCUCUGUGCCUCCGUGCU